GAUUACUUCAGUCCAGUGAGAAGCUGGACAACUUUGAAGUGAAUCUGUGCUGUACAUCUGCAUAAUGGAUAAGAGGAAGAAAGGAUCACCUACAGAAUUAAGGCUUAUGGUGGUCAGUAGCUGUGGACCUUCGCAGUUCCUACUGACAAAUCACAUACUUGGGAGGGAGGUGUUUUCUAAGGAUAUCACCUGCCUUUCUGACAGCAGGAAGAAUACUGGAGAGUUGGCUGGUAGACGAGUGUCCGUGAUCAAUGCACCAAACAUCUAUGACAAGGAUAUAUCUCAAGUCAAGAGGGCGAUGGAGCUGAGAAAGUCUAAGUGCUUAUGUACUCCUGGUCCCCAUGCCUUUCUUGUCACCUUUGACAUUGAGAAAAUCUCCCAGAAUGAAAUGAGAACCCCCAAACUGAUGAUGGAGCACUAUGGAAGACACUGUCUGAGGCACUGCAUGGUCCUCCUGGCCUAUGGAGGAAACCUGGAGGUAGCUGCCCUGGAAGACAGAGUGCAUAAGACUGACUGGCUCCUCAGAGAACUGCUCGAGCACUAUGGUGGACGCUUUCACCUUUUCAGCAAGAACUGGGGGGAUCGCAGCCCGGACAGAGAACUGCUUCAGAAGAUAGAGAGGAUGGUGGCCUCCUUGGGAGCGGUCUGCUUCUCCAGCAGGACUUUCCAGAAGGCAGAUGACUCUGUGAAGAAGGAGGAAAAGAGGCUCAGGAAGCAGAGGGAAGGAGAGAUAGAGAAGGCGUGGACUGAGAUGGAGAAGCAAUACAUAGCAGAGGAGCUGUAUCACCAGAAGGAUGCCUACACCGCAAAUGUUGGCGCAGAGAUCAGAGCCAUGGCAGAGAUGGACAAUGGAUGGCUCAGAACCUCCCUAGCAAGAGGACUGGGGACGGGUUUGGUUGUGGGAGCUGUCGUGGGUGCACUGUUUGGGUCCAUAGAGGGGCCAGGAGGGAUGGUUCUUUAUGGGAUCAUAGGUGGUGCAGUAGGCGGGUCGGCAGGAGGAACAGCCCAGGUGGCUGUAGAGCAUAUGGAGGACAGAGUGGCUCCUCCCGCAAGACUCAACUUUAACUCAAUCUUCAUCAAUCGCUUCUUUGCAAAUACGCGUCCAUCUUAGCGUGCAAUGUAGGAGUAUUUUCAUAGGGUGGUAUUAGUAUUUAUACUUAAGGAAAGGAUCUGAAUACUUUUUCCACCACUGUUGGAGUGGUAUCGACUUAUUAUGACCUGUUUUCAGGAACAAAGUGUAAAGAAAAAUAUCUUGUAUCUAACUGUUUAUUAUCUAACUGUUGCGUAUGUAGCUUUCAGUCGGACUUAACACCAAACCAGCUACAACUUAGCUUAGUACAACAUGACUUGUUCUAUAUGUAGCUGAAGGGGAUAAAUAAUGCUCACAAACAAUAAA